AUGCUUGAGGAGGCUACAGGUUUUGCCGUGGUGAGCAGCGAUCUCGGGAAAGGUGCAAGUUUGGAAGUACGGCCUCUCGGCCUUGAGAUGUCAUAUUUCCAGCAUGGUCAAUGGACAAGUCGAGUAGCGUACAUCCCUAUCAAUGUAGGCCUCGACAUACUGCCUCUGACUGAUCCUUCAGAUUUCUGCGGCACUACCGUCCAAGACCUGCUGCGCUCUUACAAAGAGACAGCUGAAGCUGUUGCGGAGUGGUCCCGUACCUGUAUUCGAGACCACGAAGAGCGUGCUGCUAUCAAUCGUAGGGUCAGUGGCACUGGUCAAGGUAGGGACGCGCGGCCCACAAGGUUGCUUGAUAUCUGUUCGCUGGCUGCUGAGCAGAAGGUGCGACCCUGCGGCCACAACACAUAUCUCACCGACAACGAGAAUGGAUAUGUUACGCUCAGCCACUGCCGGGGGCCGUUUUUACCCACAAGACUACUGACGACCAAUUUUGCUGAAUUCUGUGAUGGCAUCAAGAUCGAGAGGCUUCCGCGAACUUUCCAAGAUGCGAUCGCUUUCACCAGGUCAAUCGACGUUCGCUAUUUGUGGAUCGAUGCUCUAUGCAUUGUAAAGGACUCACAGGAGGAUUGGCUUCGAGAGUCUCUACGUAUGGUAGAUGCGUACUCGAACAGCAUAGUCAAUCUAGUGGCUACCGCUUCGACGGACGGCACAGGUGGGUCGUUCGUGGAGAAGUACGACCCAUCGCUUUCUUUGCCGCUCGUUGUCAACGCUACCUGGACAGGCCACGCCGCAGGUCGAUAUGCUUGUCUCGAUCAGUCAGCGUACGACUGGCGGAUCGAUGCUGGUACACUCAAUAAACGAGCCUGGGUCUUCCAAGAGAGAGUCCUAGCUCCACGGACAGUCCACUUUGCGCAAGACCAGAGAUCGGCAUGCGAUAUCAGACGCAAGCUGGAAAGAAUCGCGAUGACUGCGCAAAGACUGGCGAAAUGGAAGCCCAGUGAUUACGCAGCCGGACUACGGCGGCAAGAAAUCGAGGUUGCCAUGCUAUGGCACCUCACUGAUGCAGAAUCGAGGAGUGCAGAUAUGUUUGUUGCCCCGUCGUGGUCAUGGCCAUCAGUACGUGGGAGCAUGGAGUUCACACCGCUCGAAGACUGGGAAUCUGUCAAAACUGGGAAUCUGUCAAGACAAAUCUUGUUGCUCGUGUUAUGCACAUCGAGAUGGCUACCAUCGGAGGACCCUUUGGUGUCGUUACGAACGAUCGAACUAUGGGAAGUCAGGUUCGAUGGCUCAGCGUCGAAACUAUACUGCAUGAGCAUCAACGAAAGGACUAAACUUAAACAAGGUGAGAAUCCUUACAGCAUAGACUUCUUCGAGGCCUUGGAUCAUGAGCCAAUGUACCAGUCCGUGCCUCCCAAUGGCCUAGAUGCGGUGUUUUGUCGCUUUAUGACAGCUGAGACGCCACAUCUGCCGAAACGAUGGGCUUCGGAAGGCUUGAUACAGCAACCGACACCACAUCAGCCCCCUGGUCACUAUGUAAGGAUCGGCAGGUUGAAAUUGUUCCACGAUGACAAAGAGCACAUCUUUGACGCCGCAAGAAAGCAACAUCUGAGCUGCCUAGCUGAUCAUCAGGAUGGCACAUUCACUAUAGACAUAGUCUAG